CCGCCCCCGCGCCGUCCAGGUUGGUCAGCUCCGAGCCUGCUGGCGCCCCGCACGGACCGCCGAGUCGGCAGGGACAGCCAAGCCCUGGAGCUCUGUCCGGGGGCCGCGAAGGAUGCAGCUCGCGCGGUAGUUGCCCGCGGGGGGCGGGGAGGCCGCCGUGAGGAGGCGGAGCUGCGAGCCCGCCAGUGCGCCCGGGCCUCGCCGCCGCCGCCGCGGUCUCCUGCGCUCCUCCCCGUUCGCCUCCGCACGCCCCCGUCCCCGGCCGGCCUCGCCUCCACGGCGGCGGCGGCUUCCGCCCCUCGUAGCUGCGCUCCCGCAGGAAACGGAAGAAGGCGCAAGCCAUGGAGGGGAACCGGGACGAGGCGGAGAAAUGUGUCGAGAUCGCCCGGGAGGCCCUGAACGCCGGCAACCGCGAGAAGGCCCAGCGCUUCCUGCAGAAGGCCGAGAAGCUCUACCCGCUGCCCUCGGCCCGCGCACUACUAGAAAUAAUUAUGAAAAAUGGAAGCACUGCGGGAAAUAGCCCUCAUUACCGAAAACCAUCAGGUAGUGGGGAUCAAAGCAAGCCUAACUGCACAAAGGACAACUCGUCUGGUAGUGGUGAAAGUGGAAAAGGCUACACCAAAGACCAAGUGGAUGGAGUUCUCAGCAUAAACAAAUGUAAAAAUUACUAUGAAGUGCUUGGAGUUACCAAAGAUGCUGGUGAUGAAGAUUUGAAAAAAGCUUAUAGAAAGCUUGCUUUGAAAUUUCAUCCAGACAAAAACCACGCACCUGGAGCAACAGAUGCUUUUAAAAAGAUUGGAAACGCUUAUGCUGUUUUAAGCAAUCCAGAAAAACGGAAACAGUAUGACCUCACAGGCAAUGAAGAUCAAGCAUGUAAUCACCAGAACAAUGGCAGAUUUAAUUUCCACAGAGGUUGUGAAGCUGAUAUAACUCCAGAAGACUUGUUUAAUAUAUUCUUUGGUGGUGGAUUUCCUUCAGGUAGUGUCCAUUCAUUUUCAAAUGGACGAGCUGGUUAUAGCCAUCAACAUCAGCAUCGACAUAGUGGACAUGAAAGAGAAGAAGAAAGAGGAGAUGGAGGUUUUUCUGUAUUUAUCCAGCUGAUGCCCAUUAUUGUAUUGAUCCUCGUGUCAUUAUUAAGCCAGCUGAUGGUCUCUAAUCCUCCUUAUUCCUUAUAUCCCAGAUCUGGAUCAGGGCAAACGAUUAAAAUGCAGACAGAAAACUUGGGUGUCGUUUAUUAUGUCAACAAGGACUUUAAAAAUGAAUAUAAAGGAAUGUUACUACAAAAAGUAGAAAAGAGUGUGGAAGAAGAUUAUGUGACUAAUAUUCGAAAUAAUUGCUGGAAAGAAAGACAACAAAAAACAGAUAUGCAGUACGCAGCAAAAGUGUACCGUGAUGAACGACUCCGAAGGAAGGCAGAUGCCUUGAGCAUGGACAACUGUAAAGAACUGGAGCGGCUGACCAGUAUUUAUAAAGGAGGAUGAACUGGAAUUUUAUUUAUACCUUUUAGAAUACUCUUUAUUUUUCCUGUAAGUAAGUUUAGUUUCAUCAUGAGAGCUAAAGAAAAAGAUUUGAUGUUGAAAACUAAACUGAAUAGUUGGUCCCUGAAAUCUUGGACUGUUUAUGACCUACUGGCUCCUUUAAAUAAUAAGAAACUGAAAACUAAAAUUCAUAUUUUAGUUAUGCUUCUGCAGUUAUUUUCACUUUAAAAGCUUAUAUGAUUCCUAACUAAAAAUGUCUUGAGAAAGGAUUAUCACACCUGUAGCAGUUUCUGGUUUUCGAUUCUCCAUUUUUUUUCCCUUGUCAUAUUUGUAAAUACUUAUGGAAUGAUCAUUUUGUAUAUAUUCAGGUUAUUGCUUUUUUAUUUAAAUUCUUUUGGUGUUUAGCUCCAUGAAACACUCAAGUUUAAAUUGAUGGAAUAAAUGUUCUAUGACAGAAUUACAUUUUCUUUGUCAGAUGUCUAAUGUGUGGAGUUUACAAUGAAACUUUAUCAAAAAGAAAGAAAAUAGCAAAAGCUGUUUAACUUUGUGUAAAGUCUUGUAGCAUUAUCAGCUAGAGGGAAUUGAUAUUUUUAAUAUUGCCAUUAUAUUCCAAAAUAUAUAUUGAGACAAAUGAACUGGUGUAAAGUAUCAGUUUGCUGUUUAUUUAGUUUUAUGAAUUGCUAAGCCAUGCAUAGAAAUGAAAUGCUAUACUGAUAUUUUUUAUUUAUUUUUUGUCUUUUUGCCAUUUUCUUGGGCCACUCCCGCGGCAUACGGAGGUUCCCAGGCUAGGGGGUGAAUCGGAGCUGUUAGACGCCCGCCUACGCCAGAGCCACAGCAACGCAGGAUCCGAGCCGCAUCUGCGACCUACACCACAGCUCAUGGCAACGCGGGAUCCUUAACCCACUGAGCAAGGCCAGGGACCGAACCUGCAACCUCAUGGUUCCUAGUCGGAUUCGUUAACCACUGCGCCACAACGGGAACUCUGAAAUGCUAUACUGAUAGAUUUUAAAGAAAGUAUGAGGAAAUGGCUAUAUAAAUACUAACCAAAAAGGGUCUUCAGCAGUAAAUUAUAGUUAUAUCAUUUGCAAUCCCAAUAACUAAAAGACCCCCAAAUGUUUAUAUAUAUAUGUUUUUGAAGGCUGCUAAAACUUACGAAGAAAAGGACCUGUUUUUUUCCCCCAUGGAAAUUUGCAGUUUCUUUUUAGUGAUCACUUAAGCAGGAUCCAAAAGUAAAUAGAUUCUUAUUAUUGUCUAAGUAAGAAGAAAAAUUAAUACUGAAAUGACGCUUUUGUGCCUUUUAACCUGAUUGCCAACUCUUAAACAUAUAACUAGAUUACAGCACACUUACUUGAUCAGAGCAUGAUCUGUUUGGCCAUAUGCAACAGUAAGCAGAACUAUAGCAGCAGGUAGAAUAGUGAUUUGUAGCAAGUUAUCCUUAUAAAAAUUUGAGCUAAAAUCUAUUCACCAUUGAAUAAUUCAAUUAAUCCUGUAGGAAUAAGCUCCUUAUAAUUAAAUCCAUAAUAUAAAUUAGAAAAAUCAGCUGGAAAUUGAAGUUUUUGGUGCCUGUAUAUUGGGUAUGAAACUAUUUGAUUUCUAGUCUUCUCUGUUUAACAGUUGUAAUAUUUUAAUGGUUUUGCUUUCAUACUCAUUUAACAGAACAUGAACACGUCUUUGGGAGUUUUUGUGUGUGUUUUAGAGUGGCAGUGUUAUUUAAAGAUUUUUUUCUGAAUGUAGUUAAUUUAUAUAGCAUCCAUUGAAUAGAAUUUCCCAAAUGACCAUUCUUUUUAAAAUGUUCUCUUGCACCCCCUUUUCUAGAUAAAUCAAUAGAAACACCUGAUUGAAUUAGUAGUUUAACUAAACAACAUGCUGUCCUAUGAAAACUAGACAGCUUAACCAACUUUCUUUUAGAAAUGCAACCAUAAAAAAAAAUAGUAUGCUAGAAAGAAAAUAUCAUUUAAAAUAUUUUCUUCAGCCUAUAGAAUGAGUUUCUGAAAAAUAAGGUCAUAGCAUUCUAAUUAACUUUGAAGGUUUAUAUGCAUCAGGAAACUUAUACAAAUUUAAGUGAAAAAAUUAUACCCCUUUUUUUCCAGUUUUAAUGGGAAAUUUAUACUACUAUAAUUGACGCUUCUGUGAAUUGAACUCAUGUUGACUGAUUCUUUUUCCCUUAAUCCCGUUUUUAAGGGGAUAGAUGAAGUUACCAAGUGAAGUUAUUUAUAUAUUAUGGAGUCAUACAUGGCUUUUGAACAGUAUUAUAUUUCAGUUGCAUUACAUUAUGUUUCAUAAAAUAUAUUUGAUAAAAUAAAAUUUUCGAAGAACUGUGGGAAAUGACUAAUCGAGUGCCUGACAGAUUAGCCACAUGUAAGGUGUGCAAGUAAAGAGUAGGUUCUUAACGUCACCUUCAUCGUGGUGUAAAGGCCUGUCCAAGGGUCUUAGAAUUUAGGGUGAAUUCUACAAAGUAAAAAAAUGGCAAAUACGUUGAAAUGUAAGACUUUCACAUUUGCUCCUCUUCUAACAAAAGUUCCACCGUUUUGCCGUCUUGUUUUUAGUUUCCUGGGUUUUGCAAUUUCAUUUGAUGAUUUGUACUGUUCAUUUUAAUCAUUGCCUGACCGCCCUUAAUCUCUGAGUACUGCUUUACUGGCUUUUCUAACUGGUGUUUUAGAAGCUUGGCAACAGUAAUAUUUAUUAAUGCUUUACAUUUUUAUCCCUUUUUAAACACACACACACUAACAUCAUUGUCCUUGUGAGGAGUUAGGGGAAAGUAAAUAGUACCUUUUCUCCUCCUCCUUUGAGUCCUUGUUUCCAAACAGGUGCUAGUCAUUUGUAAAUCUUGGAAUCUAUUUUGAUCUAAUCUGAGAAUUCAAUUCUCAGCAAUGAGAAAUAAUUGACGAUAAUAAAUGAAAACAAUAUGUUUUGGGAACAGACUGCAUUCGAAUGCUUAAACAUUUGUUUCAUAAUCAUUACAUUCUUAUUUAUGAUUUGCAAAGAUUUGGUAGAGAAAAGUUCAAGCCAUUCUGCUUUUAUGUUAGCUCAGGUGUUAUUUGGAACACGAAGGUAGAAUUCCAGCCCUUUGCUUUACUUGCACUUUUAAGCUUAAGUGUUAUUCCUGUUAAAUCCUAAGUUAUACUAGUAUGUAAAAUGGUUACUGAAAGAAAUAGUUAAUUUCUUGAUUUCCCCUUGUUAAUCUGUAAUAUUUUUAAUGCAGCUGUUAUUUAACAAAUGUGACAUAGUAAUGUUAUUUAAUAAUGAAGUCUUAAACAUUAAAAAAAGUAGAUCUCCCACCUGUGUUAAGGCAGUGAACUAUUUCUUGAUGUUGGCCUGAGGACCAAACGAGCCAUCUUUUUAGUUAAGAAAGGACCAAAUGGUUUAAACAGAGAAUUUGUGCAUUUUUUAGCUUCCCCAUUUGAAGCUUGGAUUCAGUCCCACUCAUACUACUACUGCCUGUCUUCACACUGAGUGAAUUAACUAAAAGGGCAUUCAUAGUCUUUUAACUGAACAGAAAGACUUCUGAAAAUGAACAUUAUAUCGUAAUUUUAAUCUGUACUAGAUAGCUGAAAAACCUUGUCUCUUGGCCGUAUUGGACUACUGCCUAGUUAAAAUCCAUGAAAAUCUCUAUAACUUCCAAAGUUUUUUAAUUCUAAUUUUUAAGUUCAAAGAGAAAGUGGAUAGAAUGAAGAUCUUCAAGAAUUCUUUAAUAAUCCCUUUAAUAAUCUGGCAGGCAACACAGUCCUAGAAUUCAGGCUUCCUUUUUGGUUUUAUUACUAUUAAAUGACAGUGUCAUAUAAAUGGAAACAUUUUCCCUCAAAACAUUAAUUCAGAACAUAUUCCUUAUAUUAAGGAUUAUGUAACCACGUUUUUUGUAUAUUCCUUGUGUGUAACUUUCCUGUUGGUACGUGAUUCCUUUUCCUUUAAUUUUAUUAUCUGCUGGUUUGGGGGCCAAUAGAUUUGUGAAUAUUUUGUGGAUGUGUCUAUGUAUAGGUGUGUAUAUAUAUAUACAUAUAUAUAUAUAUAUUUUCCAGCUAAUACCUCAAAUGUGUGAUUGUUUAAUAUAUACCACACUAUGUUUGCACAGAGCAGGGCUUCCAUUAGCAGUGGAUUUUCUUAUUUCUAACUUGGAAAAUCAGUCCACAGAAUUUCAUUGGUGUGAAUUUUUUCUGUUCAUCUCUUACAUAUUUUAAAACAAGAUUAUUAUCAUAAGGCCCAUACUUCAAGUAUAAUUGUACCUUUCUAUAUCUAGCAGUCUGGAAAUUUGUAGGGGGUAAGAAGUGUUUCUUGAAAUGUCUGAGUUUAGUAAAUUAUUAUUAAAAAUUGGAAUUACUGGUUGCCACGCUGUCUGGUAACUGCAUAGCAGAUGACAUCGAGCAUGACUGUGAAUGUGUUUCAUUCAUUUCAGCACAGGAGUUGGGACAUUCUCAUCUGAUAUUCUGCUCUGCCAUUGAAGAGCACCACUAAAAUAGAGAUGUUUUAGUGACAUUGGAGUUAUCUUAAGCAUCAGUUUUUUAAGUGAAUUGUUUUGGCUUCUAUAUGGAUGGAUGCCUAUAUCAAUGAGAAGAAAGAAACUCACAAUAAAUGAUAUUUUUGUAAUUUAUUUGUAUUAAGAAAUGCUCCUUUUUUGUUUUUUGUUUUUUUCAAUUUUUGGAUUGCUACAUAAGACUUUCCCAUUUAAAGUUUAGAUCAUGUGUUUUUAAAAGCUGCAGGUAAUUUUCAAGGUGUGAUGGAAUUUUAAUGGAAGCCUUGUAUAAGUUAAAUGAAGUGAACCUGAUAAAGGAGAUCUUUAUUUGUCUAUAGUGCAUUCAAGAUUAUACAAUUAGAUUUAAAAUGAAAUGUCUGAUUUGUAAUAUAUUUAAUGUUAUAUCAGACUUAUAUAAAAUUUUCUGUGUGAGAACUCUGUUAAAGAAAAUGCAUUUGAUUUUUAAUGAAUGUUUUACUGAAUGGUUUAUGAUGAUUUUUUUUGUCUUUCCGUCUCUACAGUUUAUCUCAAUAUAUGAAUAAAAAGAAGGUCUGUUCUCACUGUAAA